GCAGGAGGCGGUUCUGCUGCUCUCUUCUUCCUGCUGCAGCCAGCCCAGCAUGCAGGCCAUGGGGCCUGCCGGCGGGUGAGGCAGCCACAGGGCAGGCAUGUUUGGAGGCUCAGUGCCAGGGGGCCUGGGAGCCCAGGGCAUGGCGGGGCCCCUGCGGGGCCGGGUGGAGGAGCUGAAGCGGCCGUGGUGGCGGGAGAGCUCACCGCUGGUGCUGAAGCACAGCGAGGUGGCCCGGCUGGCGGCUGACGCCCUCCUGGAGAGGGGUGAGGCUGCCUACCUGCGGGUCAUCUCCGAGGAGCGUGAGCUGCCCUUCCUGAGCACUCUGGAUGUGGACUACAUGACGAGCUAUGUACGCGGGGGCCCUGAGCUCAGCGAGGCCCAGGGACAGGGACAGGAGGCCUCGGGGCCAGACCGUCUCAGCCUGCUCUCCGAAGUCACCUCAGGCACUUACUUCCCCACGGCCUCUGAUAUAGAUCCCCCGGAUCUGGACCUGGGCUGGCCGGAGGUGCCACAGGCCACAGGCUUCAGCCCCACCCAGGCUGUGGUCCACUUCCAGAGGGACAAGGCGAAGAAUAUCAAGGACCUGCUGCGCUUCCUCUUCAGCCAGGCCCGCAUGGUGGUCGCUGUGGUGAUGGACAUAUUCACGGACAUGGAGCUUCUGUGUGACCUCAUGGAGGCCUCCAGCCGGCGUGGUGUCCCUGUGUACCUGCUCCUGGCCCAGGAGCACCUGAGGCACUUCCUGGAGAUGUGCUACAAGAUGGACCUCAAUGGGGGGCACCUGCCGAACAUGCGUGUGCGGAGCACAUGUGGGGACACAUACUGCAGCAAGGCUGGCCGUCGCUUCACCGGGCAAGCCCUGGAGAAGUUUGUCCUCAUUGACUGUGAGCAGGUGGUGGUGGGCAGCUACAGCUUCACCUGGCUUUGCAGCCAGGCCCAUACUAGCAUGGUGCUGCAACUGAGGGGCUGCAUCGUGGAAGACUUUGACCGGGAGUUCCGCUGUCUGUACGCCGAGUCACGGCCUGUGGAGGGCUUCUGCGGUGGCGAGGACCCGCUGCCUCCCCGGGCACUGCGUCCUCCCCCUGUGGCCCUGGCCUUUGGGCCUGGCAUCCCAAGCCCCACAUCCUCACCGCCCUCCAGCAGCAGCCUCAGCAGCAUCAAGCGGUCACCACUUAUGGGCCACUCCUCCUACCUCGCUCUACCAGGAGGUGGUGGUUGCAGUGACACGGGUAUGGGGUCCUCGUGUCCAGGCCCCGCCCGCCGUGAGGCCAGUGGCCAGCCCUCCCUGCAUCGCCAGCUGUCAGACCCUAACCACGGCUCCCCUCCUGGGCUUUAUAGGGCCAACCUGGGCAAACUAGGGGCAUACCCAUGGUCCCAAUCCUCCCCUGCCCUCAACCAUAAUAGUACCAGCCCCUUGACCUUGGCAGUGGGGUCACCUCUGCUUCCUCGCUCCCGGCCCCUCCUCCAAUUCCAUCGGGGUGUCCCAGCUCUGUCCCCGUUCCCAGGGAAUGGGCUCCCAGGAAGCCAAGACCCUAGCCCCUUGCGGGGUCGAUGGGUACCUGGCACAGCCCUGGAGAAAGUGGAGGAGAAGGAGAAGAAAGCAUCUCCUAGUCAGAGUCGUGGCCAGCUGGAUCUCCUUGUCCCCUUCCCCCGAGCCCGAGAAGUGGGAGACCCUGACUCUGGGGUUACCCCCAACUCAGGCCCCCUUCGGCCUGGACAGCAGGCCCCAGAGGACAGGAAGUUAUCCCCAAGCCAGGCAGAGAGCCAGCUGGAUCUCCUGCCCCGAGCCCUGGGUACUGGGGGUGCCCCUGAGGCAUGUUCCCCCAGACCUGGUGAUCGGGCCCUGGAGGACAGAAGGCUGUCCCUAAACCAUAGCCAGUUGGACCUCCUGGUGCAGUGCCCCAAGGCCCAGGGCUCCAGAGUGCCCUUUGAAGCCAGCUCCUCAGCCAGACUUGCCAGACAGAAUCCAGAUGAGCGACGGCAGACCCUGGGGCACAGCCAGCUGGACCUCAUCACAAAGUUUGGCCCAUUCCGGGGUGAAGGGCCUGGGCCCAGUGGUCUCCCGAUACCAAGCCCUGCUUGCACAGCUGGGGUGGGGUCUGGGGAUGAGAAACGGCUAACCCUGGGCCACAGCAACCUGGACCUCAUCACCAAGUAUCAUCAGUUGCAGGGGGCCAGGCAGGGACCCGAGCCUGGCCUCCUUGGGGGUCCCAAGGGUGGCCAUCUCAAUGGUGGUAACAAUGACCUGGUGAAGGAUGAGAAACGGAUGACCCUGGGCCACAGCAAACUGGACCUCAUCACUAAGUACAACAAGUCCAAGUUCAGGCAGCUCCGAAGCCGCUUUGAGUCCUAGCCGGAGGGUGUGUGGGGGUGCACUGGCCAGGGCAGGCCCCUCCUCUAUCCACUGAGACUCUGGACACUCAGGACCCAGACUGGGGAAGGGAGGUGUCUAGAAGCCCAGGUCAGACACACUCUCUGGGCUCAAGAUUCUUGCAUGCACACACACACACACACACACACACCCACACACACACCCCAUAUCUUCUUGGAUCUAGGCUGUGUUUCCAGCCCUGUGCUGGGCGUACUAUAGAGCUGACAGGUGGAUCAGACUCCUGAUCUGGGGACAGAGAUGAAAUGCACAAGCUGCUGGAGAACAGGUUAACCAGUGACAGAGGGUGUUAGAAAACAAA